GAACCCGGCCUAGCAUGUGGAUCGAGACAGUCCUGUUGGACCAUAUCUAGCUUGUGUUCUCGCUAAUGCCCCGGACACAUCGGGUCCUCCGCCGGAUUAGCGAAGAGAAAGAAGAAAAAAAGCCCCAGACCGAGCAGCAGUAUGUCGGCCGACGGCGUGUUCAGGACCCGCUCUCUCGGUGUCGCCGCCGAGGGACUUCCGGACCAGUACGCCGACGGCAAAGCGGCGAAAGUCUGGGAGCUGUACAUCGGGGACACUCAGAGCAGGACUCAGGAGUACAAAAGCUGGGUGGUGUCUCUGCUGAGAGAGCACGGCGUGCAGAGGAUACUGGAUGUAGCCUGCGGAACAGGCGUCGACUCCAUCAUGUUGGUGGAGGAAGGCUUUAAGACGGUGAGCGUGGACGCCAGCGACAAAAUGCUCAAGUACGCCCUGAAGUCGAGAUGGGAGAGGAGAAGAGAGCCGGCGUUUGAUCAGUGGGUGAUCGAAGAGGCCAACUGGUUGACGUUACCAGACGACAUUAAGAAACCAGGCGCCGGCUUCGACGCCGUCAUCUGCCUCGGGAACUCGUUUGCCCACCUGCCCGACUUUAAAGGGGACCAGAGCGACCAAAAGUUGGCCCUCCAGAAUAUCGCCAGCAUGGUGAGACCGGGUGGCAUCCUCAUCAUCGACCAUCGGAAUUACGACUACAUCCUGGAGACGGGCCAGGCUCCUCAAGGCAAGAACAUCUACUACAAGAGUGACCUGACUCAGGACAUCUCCACCUCGGUGCUGUGGGUCAACAACAAGCCCCACAUGAUCACCCUGGACUACACCAUCCACGUGCCCAAGGCCGCCGUGGAGAAUCUGCCCGAAGUCAGCAAGUUCCGGCUGUCCUACUACCCUCACUGCCUGGAGAGCUUUAAGGGCUUGCUGAGGGGGGCCUUCGGCGGCAAAAUGGAGCACAGCGUGUACGGAGACUUCCAGACGUACGUGGCGGGCCAGUCCAAGGCGCCGUGCUACUUCAUCCACGUCUGCAAGAAAGCCGCCUGAGCAGCUCGGACCGGGGGGGGGGGGGCAGCUCGCUGUGCUGCUAUGGCAAAGUCACAUUGGAAUGU